GUUGAUUUGGUUGUCGACCAUAUUGAAAUCAUUCGCCGGAAGUACAAACGUCAUGAGGGAUGGCUCGCGCCCUUUCCUUGGUGCGAAGACUUUCAGUUCCAACUAAGCGAUAUUUAUACACGGCUUCGUAUGGUCAACAGAGAGAAAAAAGCGAGAGCAACAGCAGAGCAAAAAGUUGUUGAAACGACUGAAAUCUUCAAUCCCCACGAAGAAUGCAAACAACCUAGAAAAGUGUUGAUUGAAGGAAUGCCAGGCAUGGGAAAGACGACAUACUGCAAUAAGGUUGCUUACGACUGGGCUAUAAACAUAAAAAAAGAAGGAGAUUGCUGUCCGGAAUUUGAGAUGGUGCUCUUGCUGAGAUGCCGUGAUGUCGAGAUCGAGUUCGACCUUUGGGAAGCCAUUGACGAUCAGCUUUUACCAAGUGAAAUUCAACGAGAGGAAAGAGAGAAAUUCUUUGAGUUCAUCCAGCAAAAUCAAUCAAAGGUUUUACUGAUACUUGACGGAUUAGACGAGUUACCCUCGAGCAAACUGACGGACUUUACAGACAUCAUACAAGGUAAAAUGCUUCCUCAAUGUCACGCGACACGAGGCAGGGAUACCUAUGAGAAAGGUUUGUGACACUCUGCUAGAGAUUGAAGGUUUCACUUAUCAAGAUAGCAAAGAAUAUAUUCACAAAUAUUUUGCCGGUAAGGAAGAUUUGGCCGAAAAGCUAUUGGAUAAAAUACAGAAUGAAAAGAGGCUUAAAGAGAUGACGGCGAAUCCAUUAAACACUGCACUGCUUUGCCUUCUUUGUGAAGACUUUCAAGGUAUUUUUCCUGAAAGCAGAACUCAGUUGUAUAUGGAAAUAGUACAUUGUGUUCUUGUUAGAUACAGGAAAAAGAAAGGUCUUCCAGUCGAAAAUGAGGAUCUAAUUAAAAUCUACAACGACGAGUUGAAACUCCUUGGCUUGCUAGCUUUAAACGGCCUGUAUGAAGACAACAUGUACUUUGAGGACAAAAAGCUUGCAAAAAAAGAUGCCGACUUACCUGGAUUUGGAUUUCUAUCAGCUCAACCUGGAAGCAGCAAACGAAGACCGUGUAUGUGCUACGGCUUUACGCAUAAGAGUUUUCAAGAAUUCUUCGCGGCACAUUGUCUUUGUUGCCAACUUGUUAGCAAAGAAACCAGUCCUGAAAUAUUGGUCACUGACACCAGAUAUUUCGGAGAGCUAAGAGAGGUGUUGACAUUUACCUGUGGUCUCCUAGCAGUAAGAUCCAAAGAAAUUGCAGAAGCUCUUAUCAUCAGUAUAGCGAAAAAGUUAAACAACGAAAACGUGAGAGAAUGUUUACCUGUGGCAGUGGAUUGCAUUAAAGAAAGCAAAAUUGAAAGCAGUAAUUUUCACAUGGAACUGGCCCGUACCUUUGGCACAUGUCUGGCACUUCAACAUGGAGGGAUCAUAAGUGAAGGUCUAGAUGACGCUGCUACAGCUGUGAUUGCUGCCGUGCUUGAAGCAAACACAACUCUGACAAAUUUGCAUUUGUCCAUCAAUAACAUUGGUCCUGUCGGUGCUGAGUCACUUGCUACAGCGCUAAAAACAAACACAACUCUGACAAAUUUGGAUUUGUCUUACAAUAACCUUGGUCCUGCCGGUGCGGAGUCACUUGCUACAGCGCUAAAAACAAACACAACUCUGACAAAUUUGGAUUUGUUUCACAAUAACCUUGGUCCUGCCGGUGCGGAGUCACUUGCUACAGCGCUAAAAACAAACACAACUCUGACAAAUUUGCAUUUGUCUUACAAUGACCUUGGUCCUGCCGGUGCGGAGUCACUUGCUACAGCGCUAAAAACAAACACAACUCUGACAAAUUUGCAUUUGUCUUACAGUGACCUUGGUCCUGCCGGUGCGGAGUCACUUGCUACAGCGCUAAAAACAAACACAACUCUGACAAAUUUGCAUUUGUCUUACAAUGACCUUGGUCCUGCCGGUGCGGAGUCACUUGCUACAGCGCUAAAAACAAACACAACUCUGACAAAUUUGCGUUUGUCUGACAAUGACCUUGGUCCUGCCGGUGCGGAGUCACUUGCUACAGCGCUAAAAACAAACACAACUCUGACAAAUUUGGAUUUGUCCAUCAAUAACAUUGGUCCUGCCGGUGCGGAGUCACUUGCUACAGCGCUAAAAACAAACACAACUCUGACAAAUUUGGAUUUGUCUCUCAAUAACGUUGGUCCUGCCGGUGCGGAGUCACUUGCUACAGCGCUAAAAACAAACACAACUCUGACAAAUUUGAAUUUGUCUCUCAAUAACGUUGGUUCUGCCGGUGCGGAGUCACUUGCUACAGCGCUAAAAACAAACACAACUCUGACAAAUUUAAAUUGUGUUUGGUAA